GUGGGCGGUGCAUGACGUCACUGGUAGCUGCACUGGCUGCAGUCCUAACACGAGUGUGACCAUGAUGUCACGAAUAACUGCAUUUAUGGCGUGGUGGCACCUACUUCAGGAACAGUGUUAGCACUGAGGAAAGGACAAAAGGACUGAGCUUAAGGGAACCGUUUCCAAGGCAGGGACACCGAUACUGUAACAAUAAUGGGAGAUCAGUGCAAGCCCAAGACACCCAAUGAUUCCUACAUACAGAAUGGCUUCCACUCACCAGCAGCCCCCCUCCUGCUCAACAAUGGAGAAUCAAGCAGGAGCCUCCCUGAUCAUGCACCGCUGCAACACCACCGUGGGCAGCCAGACCCUCUCCACCAGGGAUCCCCGGCCAAGAAGAGCAGGGUCAGGAGAAGAAUGGAUUCAGGCAGGAGGAACAGACCCCCAUUCCCAUGGUUUGGCAUGGAUAUUGGCGGAACGUUGGUGAAACUGGUCUAUUUUGAGCCCAAAGACAUUACAGCAGAAGAAGAACAGGAAGAGGUUGAGAACUUAAAAAGCAUAAGAAAGUACUUGACAUCCAACACAGCCUAUGGGAAAACUGGAAUCAGAGACGUGCACCUAGAACUGAAAAACUUGACCAUGUGCGGCCGCAAAGGCAAUUUGCACUUCAUCCGCUUCCCGACGUGCGCUAUGCACCGAUUCAUUCAGAUGGGAAGCGAAAAGAACUUCUCAAGCUUGCACACCACAUUAUGUGCUACUGGCGGCGGGGCCUAUAAGUUUGAAGAGGACUUUAGAAUGAUAGCCGACCUACAGCUUCAUAAACUAGAUGAACUGGACUGUUUGAUUCAAGGCCUGCUAUAUGUUGACUCAGUGGGAUUCAAUGGCCGGCCAGAGUGUUAUUAUUUUGAAAACCCUACAGACACAGAACAAUGCCAGAAGAAGCCGUACUGCCUUGACAAUCCUUAUCCUAUGUUGCUGGUUAAUAUAGGCUCAGGGGUCAGCAUCCUUGCAGUGUAUUCAAAAGACAAUUAUAAAAGAGUAACUGGAACCAGCCUCGGUGGUGGAACAUUCCUUGGCCUGUGUUGUCUACUGACUGGCUGUGAAACAUUUGAAGAAGCUCUAGAAAUGGCAGCCAAAGGUGAUAGCACUAAUGUUGACAAAUUGGUUAAAGACAUAUAUGGCGGAGACUAUGAGAGGUUUAGUCUCCAGGGAUCUGCAGUAGCAUCAAGCUUCGGUCACAUGAUGAGCAAAGAGAAAAGAGAUUCCAUCAGUAAAGAAGAUUUAGCGAGAGCAACUUUAAUCACUAUUACUAACAACAUUGGAUCUAUUGCUCGUAUGUGUGCACUAAAUGAGAACAUCGACAGAGUUAUAUUUGUAGGAAACUUCCUCAGAAUUAACAUGGUCUCCAUGAAACUGCUGUCUUAUGCAAUGGACUACUGGUCAAAGGGGCAAUUAAAAGCCCUUUUCUUAGAACAUGAGGGUUACUUUGGUGCUGUCGGCGCUCUCCUUGAAUUGCUCAAAAUGAAUGACGAUCAGUGAGAAGGAACCGACUAUAAGAAUCUAUUGCUAUGAAGAUACAUGGGAAGGCAUUUCCCACUCGUACAUUAUGACCUGUAAUUAUUUAUGGACUCUUUUAACAGACACUGGCAGCCUCAAUACUUUUAUUUCUAAAAUGUGCAGAUGGUGCCAAAUGUGCCAUAGUAAUAUUUGUGGAGUAAUUUAGGAUGUCUGAUCCUUAUAUCCUUUAAGUGGGAGAAUUUAUUCAGAAUGCUAACCUGUAAGAGGCUUGAAGUGGAAGGUUUUAGAAGACAAAAAAAUAUAAUGUAGACUUAUAAACACAUAUGUAUGUGUAUGUAUAUAUAAAUAUACAUACAUAUAUGUAUACAUACAUAUAUAUAUAUAUAUAUAUAUAUAUAUAUAUAUAUAUUUAUUUAACUUUGGGCCCCCUUUUUUCUGGACCCCUCUUUCCCUGCAAAAUUGCGGGUCACUCACCAGCCACGGGGUCUGCUUCUUCUGAAGUUACUCCACUGAAUGAAACCUUUUCUGUUUAAGCACUCGGAUAAUCUUUAAUCUCGAAACUGCCCUUACGGUGCAGGACUGCUGCUGUUUACUCCCUGAUAUCUGAUUCAGAAGAUUCAAAUGUAAAAUGUAUAUACUGUAAAGUAAUGGAAACAACAUGAUGUCACUUAAAACAACGGUACCGUUUGACUCAGAAGCAGAAAGCCUAUGGAUCCCAAUUGACUCAAAGGCCCCAAAAGGCUGUAUUUUUUUUAAGUUCUUUUCUGUGGUGGGUAUAAUUGGAGUAGAGUGUGGAGCAGCUGUAAACCGCCCAUUUGUACUUGCCAGGCUUCCCUUUGACUUCUCUAAUCUAGAGCAAAAGGCUUUGAGUACUGGACCAAUGCCUGACAGUAAGUGACACUCACUGGUUGCCCAUGAAUGGAUCAGGGCAGCUUAUCAAAUUGCUGCUUUACAUCAAAAGCUGCCAAAUAUUGAAACACGUCCUUGAUGUUGGAGUAUUUAUUCCCUGAAGUUUCUGUGGAUGUUUUGACUGUUCAUUGCUAACCACUGUAUUUUUUUUAAGAUGCCACAAUUGUUUCCUUUGUUUCAGAUGAAAUGGUUUUGCCAAUCAUGGGUGUAUAAACUCCAACAUUACCCCCAGUGGGAUGCUUAUUGGAAACCAUAUUUUGCACAACUGAUGCACUGUUCUGAUUAUCAGCAGUGUAAUACUUCUGUGUUUCCCUGUAAAAUACAUUAGUGAGAUUAUCAAACACUUAUGCAAGCCCAUUGUAGCAUAUAAAGGUACUGUAUAGAGUAUAGCAUUCGUUUCAG